GACGAGAGAGAGAGAGAGAAGAGAGGCGGAAUGAGACUUUCCCGUAGCUUGUCCCGUAGCUCAGAUGGUAGAGCAUCGGACUCCCGGAAGUGAGAGCCCGGGUUCGAGACGCUCCGGCGCUCGAUAUUUGAGACUCCUGAUGGGGAAGGUCUGCGGUUGGUGGGAGCAGCCGCAGCCAGUUGAAGUCAGUUGAGUGGGACAGGCCGUGUCCGGCUUUGAAGGGCACGUUAAACUUUGGCAUCUAAAUUCUCCCGUUACCCGGAAUUGCGCGAUCGGACGGUAGGGGUCGGGGUCUACGCAACAAGCUCUGCUUAGCAUGGGCUCCGGCUCUGUCAAUUCGUCCAUUCAAACAUUCGAGCUAAAUUUAUAAAAAAAUGUUUAUCGCAGCUCGCCUCGGGACCAAACCAAUUAGGGGACUUCAGAUCUCUUCUGGCUCAUCGAACCCCAUGUUUUGACAAUCAGCCCUCGGAGCGCCGGCUAAUUGGUCGUCAAAUGAUCGGACGAGGCCGGUAGACGACACUGACAGAAUGUGGCCACUCAUUCUGUUUAUCACGCACAGUUUAUCACGCACUGGUAGUGGGACGCCGCGCUGCCCAGAAUUAAGUGCCUAUAACGGGAGCCUGUCCGAAACCUGACCGGAAUCGGAGUGUCACCGUCUGGGACCAACGGGCCUGUCCGAUGGCCGAUAGCUGGGGUAGGCCUGGCAUGAGCCUCCCUCUGCGCUGGCACCGUUCGGUCGCCUGAAGCGCCGAAAGCAGAGGAGGCGGAAGCAAAAAGCGGUCGGGAGCGGCAGCUAUAGGACGGUCGGUCAGUCUGCGAUAGGAGGCCGCGGCGUCUGGCCACGGUUCGUGUGGUCUCCACCGAGCUGUCGUCUCCCGAAAGAGACUCUGAAGCGGCGACCGCCGUCUGGACUGGACGGACUGGAGAGGGGCGAUCGUCCUUUCUCGGCUGCUGGCAGCACAACCACUGACCGCUGACCGACUCCCGGGUCUCUUCUGAUCACCUCCGAACGUCAGCCGCUACCGCGAUGUCGGCCUUCAGCGUUCAAAUCGAACGCGUUCCAUUCGGAGUGCUUUCCGAGAACGGCUUUGAUGCCCAGGUGGACAAGUUUCAGUUGACCGGUACGCUGCCGGGUCGCCCCCAGCCGGCUCUGGUGGCUGUCGUCUGUCCCCUGGGAGCCACUUUACUCUCCCUGCUCGUACCAGAUGAGGACGGAAAAAUGGAUGACGUCACGCUGGGGUUCGACACGCUCUCAGAGUACCAGCAGCAGGAUUCGUAUAUCGGCGCCACAAUCGGCCGUGUGGCCAGCAGGAUCGCCGGCAAUCAGUUCCAGCUGGACAAUGCGACUUACAAGCUGGCCGGCAACUCUGGCGGUUCUCACCUGCACGGAGGCAUACGGGGCUUCGAUAAGCGCCUGUGGUCGACCGAUGUCGGCAAGGACUCGGUGACCUUCAGCUACCUCUCCCCCCACGGCGAGGAGGGCUACCCCGGCGACGUCAUGGCACAGGUCACGUACCGCCUGGUGCGCCACGAGGGUCUGGCGGCGCUCAGCCUACAGUACCGAGGUCUGGCGGGCGCAGCGACACCUCUGAGCAUGACUAACCACGCCUACUUCAACCUGGCCGGCCACGAGAGCGGUGAGAAGGGACUCCUUCAGCAUGACAUCACCAUUAGAGCCGACAAGAAGCUGGUCCUAGAAGGAGGACUCGCUAAUGGUCAGAUGGUGAACGCCAGUGGCGCCCCUGGCGGCGGCUGGCCGCAGGGCGCCCUGCCGGACGUCAUGGCCGCUAACGGUGGCGAAAUAGACGACGUGUUCGUUCUUCCGACCGACGGAGGGCUGGACAUGAAGACGGCUGCCACGCUGACGCACGCCGGCAGCGGCCGGCGGCUGACUGUGUUCACCGACCAGCCGGCUCUGGUGGUCUACACGGCCAACCACCUUCCGGCGGCACCGGGCGGCCUGCCGGGCAGGGGUGGCGCCCGCUACCAGCGCCACGGCAGCAUCGCGCUCGAAACCAGCGCCUUCCCCAACGCCGUCAACGUGCCAUCAUUUCCAUCGGUGACGCUGCGUCCCGGCAAUGUUUACGAGCAUCGCUGUGUGUACCAGUUCGGUAUCGGGGCCCGGUGAGCUGCAGCAGUCGGACUGUCCGCCUCGGGGCAUAGUGGGGUCACCGAGCGCAGUCGACAGCCUGGUGACUGGUGUCCGGGGCACAUUUACCGACUAUUCUGUGACCAAUGGGGCAGUUGAGGUGUCGAACAGCUGUCAUUGUCGAGCAGCACCCGUAGUUGGAAACUGACGAGCAGCUAGUGCAAAAGUGAACUCAACCUUGCAUGUAAACGGAUUACGUGUGUAGCUGAUGGUUAAACUUUUUAAGACUUGGCUACUUAAUCACAUACGAGUAGUUGGUCUUACAAUAAGCGUUGCUCCUCGGUACAACUUGUGAACUGAUUGAAAUACAUGGUUUGCAUUUAUGAUGA